AUGACGAGAACGAGUACGGCCACAACGCUCAUCGAGGCCAAGGCUCAAAAAGCCCGACUGUCUAUUCCGGAAAAGCUAUUACCAGGAUUAGAUCCUGAAUGGAUUGAGAUUUGGGAAACAUACGGAAGUUCAAUGGUACGAGCAGACGAGGUGAGCAUUGAGGAAUACCGGAAGAGCCCUGCGAAGUACAGCUUCACAUAUCCUACGUAUUCAGGGCCGUCUGUUUUCCACGUUGAGGAUCUGGAAAUCCCUGUUUCGCAACCGUCGGGCAAAAUCACAAUUAGGGUGUAUACUCCAGAGGGCCCUGGCCCAUUUCCGGUUCACUUGAAUUUCCAUGGCGGUGGGUGGGUGCUUGGAAAUCUGAACAGUGAAGCGGCAUGGUGCCGACAUGUGUGCAACAAAGCCCAAAUCAAGGUCAUCGAUGUGGAUUACAGGCUUGCCCCAGAGUUCCCGUAUCCGACCAGCAUAUACGAUUCCUGGGAUGCUGUCAAGUGGACAAUUGCCAAUAACACCCAACUCAACAUUGAUCCAUUGAGUGUUUCAAUUGGCGGGCUUUCAGCAGGAGGCCAUAUGUCGGCAGUGAUGGCUCAUUUAGCCCGCAACGAGAGUGUGUAUAUCAAGCUUCAGCUGCUUAUUGUGCCAGCAACGGAUAUGCGUUAUUGUCUGAAAAACCGUAACCUCAACAAAAGGACUUGCCCAUACGAGAGUGUUUUGCUGUACCAAGAUGCACCGUGGGGACCUCUAGGCAGGGAACAAUGGUUUCUCAAAUACUGGCUGGGUGAUGACAAUGAUAAACAGGAGAGAAUUCUGACUCGGGAGUGGAUGUGCACACCGGUUCUGGCUCCUUCGUUUGAAAAUCUCGCACGGGCGCACAUAAUAACGGCGGAAUUUGACCUUGAGCGGGAUGAAGGCGAGUUCUAUGGGAAUCUCAUGAGAGAAGCUGGAAAUGAAGUUACGACCAAGCGAUACACCGGAGUCCCACACGCAUUUGGCCACUACAACCACCCAGACAGAGGACUAUCGCAGAGCUUCGCAUACAUUGAGGACACAUGUGAACUUCUCCGGGAAGUCCAUUUCGGAAAGGAUGCGAUGUAG